CGUACCAUCUCAACCACCGCCCAGAACCGUUCAUCAGUUUUAACUGUGUUCCCAUCUCGACCACCGCGAGCAGCAGCCCAGCCGGCCAACCACCGACCCUGCGGCAGCGGCUGCAUGGGGCCGCCGAGCAGCCGCGCGAUGGCGUUGGGCGCAGCCUUCCUGCUGCUCCUCGUCGCGCUCCCCUCCGCCUUCCUCUACCUCACCUCCUCCGCCGCCCCCGCCGCCUCCCGCAGCGCCCUCCUCAACCUUAAGCCCUUCUCCGCCAAGUGCCCGCCGGCCCCGCCCCUCCGCGUCUUCAUGUACGACCUGCCCCCGCGAUUCCACGUCGCCAUGAUGAGCGCGGGCGCCGACCCGUCCCCCAAUGCGGCGACGGGGUUUUCCGCGUGGCCGCCUUCGACGGGCGGGAUCAGGCGGCAACACAGCGUGGAGUACUGGAUGAUGGCGUCGCUGCAGGACGGGUUGGGAGCAGAAGGGAGGGAGGCGGUCAGAGUGCGGGAUCCAGACGCGGCAGAGGCCUUCUUCGUGCCCUUCUUCUCCUCGCUCAGCUUCAACGUGCACGGCCGCAACAUGACCGAUCCCGAGACCGAGGCCGACCGCCUCCUUCAGGUUGAACUUAUGGACAUUCUAUGGAAGUCUAAAUAUUGGCAACGAUCCGCGGGCCGUGACCAUGUGAUUCCCAUGCAUCACCCCAACGCUUUCAGAUUCCUACGAGAUAUGGUGAAUGCAUCUAUUCUUAUAGUUGCAGACUUUGGAAGAUACACAAAGGAGUUGGCUUCCUUGAGGAAAGAUGUUGUAGCACCAUAUGUGCAUGUUGUGGAUUCCUUCCUUGAUGAUGAUCUACCUGAUCCAUUUGAGGCUCGUCCUACACUCCUUUUCUUUCGAGGGCGUACAGUCAGGAAAGAUGAAGGGAAGAUCCGGGCAAAACUCGCGAAAAUAUUAAAAGGCAAGGAUGAUGUGCGCUUUGAGAAUAGCUUUGCGACGGGCAGUGGCAUUAAAACAUCUACAGAAGGUAUGCGGUCAUCAAAGUUUUGUCUCCAUCCUGCCGGGGACACUCCUUCCUCAUGCCGCCUAUUUGAUGCCAUUGUCAGUCAUUGUGUUCCUGUGAUUGUCAGCACUCGGAUUGAGCUCCCUUUUGAAGAUGAGAUUGAUUACAGUGAAUUCUCGCUUUUCUUCUCAGUUGAAGAAGCUGUAAAGCCUGAUUACUUGCUCAACCAGCUCAGACAGAUCCCUAAAAAGAAGUGGAUUGAGAUGUGGUCGAAGCUAAAACAUGUAUCUCAUCACUUUGAAUUCCAGUAUCCCCCCAGGAAGGGUGAUGCCACGAACAUGAUAUGGAGGCAGGUGAGGCACAAACUCCCUGCAGUUAAUCUUGCCAUUCACAGGAAUAGGAGACUAAAGAUUCCAGAUUGGUGGGGAUGAUAAUUGGUGAAUAGUGUACAGAUUAUCAUAUCGACUGCUAAACUUGGAGUUCUUCAGUGCGUGAUGAAGACAUGAAGUCAUGCUGGUCAUUCCUUGUGCACCAGGUGCUCAUCUCAAGAUCCACGGAUCUGAGUCCACAACAGUUUGCUGACGGACACGACACUAUCACCCUUUUUUGGUUCAUUUUGUGACACACUAACAAAAUUUUCCCCCUGAUGUUACAAAAUAGUGGGAACAAAUAAACUUUUAGUAAUAUUACAGAGAAACCGUACCUGACAAAGAGCAUUUGUAUCUCCUUAAAGAAAAGGCAGCAGUAUUUGUUCUAGCGUAUUAAAAGUUGCAACAUAUUCAUGGUAGAUACCGUUCCUGUUGACUUCAAUAAUGGAGGUUUUUAAUCUGCUUAUUAUCA